UUUGCUUGAGUGGCAGGGGGACCGGAAGUGGAGGCGCUUCUGGUUGGUGCUGGGGCCCGAGGAGGGGACGCGCGCCGGAACGGGGCCGUCGGGACCAAGCGAGCGACAGACGCGCAACCCGCCGACGCCGCAGCCGCUGGGGGCCCGCACGGACCCUCUGCCUCUGUGUAGAAUGAGCCAAGGAGACUCGAACCCAGCAGCUAUUCCACAUGCAGCGGAAGAUAUUCAAGGAGAUGACAGGUGGAUGUCUCAGCACAAUAGGUUUGUUCUGGACUGUAAAGACAAAGAGCCGGAUGUGCUGUUUGUGGGAGACUCCAUGGUACAGUUAAUGCAGCAGUACGAGAUAUGGCGAGAGCUGUUUUCCCCACUUCAUGCACUUAAUUUUGGAAUUGGGGGAGACACAACACGACAUGUUUUAUGGAGACUAAAGAAUGGAGAGCUGGAGAACAUUAAGCCUAAGGUCAUUGUUGUCUGGGUAGGAACAAACAACCAUGAAAAUACAGCAGAAGAAGUAGCAGGUGGGAUUGAGGCUAUUGUACAGCUUAUAAACACAAGGCAGCCACAGGCCAAGAUCAUUGUGCUGGGUCUGUUACCUCGAGGUGAGAAGCCCAACCCUUUAAGACAAAAGAAUGCCAAGGUGAACCAGCUUCUCAAGGUUUCCCUGCCGAAGCUUGCCAAUGUGCAGCUCCUGGAUAUAGAUGGGGGCUUCGUGCACUCAGAUGGUGCCAUCUCCUGCCACGACAUGUUUGAUUUCCUUCAUCUCACAGGAGGGGGCUAUGCAAAGAUAUGCAAGCCCCUCCAUGAACUGAUCAUGCAGUUGCUGGAGGAAACACCGGAGGAGAAGCAAACCACCAUUGCUUGACUGGCCUCUUCAGUGUUAACAGCAUCCCAGCUUCCUCAGAUCAGUUAGACCACUGGCACUACAGAAUCCUUUCUUAAGGCACUUUGCAUUGUACAAUGUUCUGGAUGCUCAUAUGUUUGAAGGGGAGGAGGGAUUUAAACUGGUCCUGUAUAUAAAGGUUUGUUUGACCCAGGAGAAAAAUUAGCCAAGGAAGAUUCAUUUGAAACCAGAAGGAACUUUUUAGUUAUAUGACACAUUUGUCAAAUUAUCACUUUUUCCUAAGACAACAUCAAGCACGAGUAUAAGAUGAAGAUUCUUUUCUUGGCCCUUUUUUCUAUGGAUUAUGUCAUAUGUGAAAUUAUCACAUCUACUUGGCUUUAAAACUUACUUUUGGUCCAGUUUUAAGAUUCAUGAGUUAGUGUGUUAUGUUGUUUUGUUUGAUUCAUGUAUCCUCAGUGUUUUUAUUAACAUAUAGCAUCAGAUUAAACAUGCUUGUCACUCAAACAUGGGAGAUGCUAUAGGUAAAGUGAGUUUGUUCCUCUCUAUCUUAAGUAGUGAAACACUUUCUGGGGACUGUGGGGUACUGUUUUUAUGCUGCUGAAUAUCAUGUCUGUAAUAGACCCGUGCAUGCAGCCUUUGCUCUGCUUCCCCUUCCUCCCUUUGCAGGUGGGUUAUUUACGUUUCAAGCUUUUAACUCAUUUUUGAUCUAGGAGUUGCAUUGCUGUCAGAAUGAUCAUUCUGUGUGGUGUUCUGUGAUGUAGGGUCUAUAUAGUACUCAUCCAGAGUUCUGGUUGUCACCCCCCCACAACCUGUUAUGUUUUCCUUUGAGUGUGGGAGGUGAGGGAUCAGAAUUGUUUCUCAUUCCAUAAUGCCUGAUGUUAUUUCAAGUUUUAUAUUAUCUUAAGGUGUAUAUGUUUUUGUUUUAUAUAUAUAUAUAUAUAGAAAGAGAUAAAUAGAUAUAUUUUACAGUACUGGAAUCAAACCCAGGGCCUAGGACAUACUAAGCAAGUGCUCUGCCACUGAGGUAAUCCCUAGUCUGUCUGUUUGUUUGUUUUUUAAUUGGUUUAAUUCUUAAAUUCUAUCAGAAAAGAAAAUGGCUUUUUCCAUGAGAAAUAGUGAAGCUGCUCUCACAAUAGAUGUGCUAUCUAUCUUUGUAAUUUUCUUUCUUUCCUUUUUUUUUCUUCCUCCUGAGAUAAUGGUUUCUCUGUAUAGUCCUGGCUAUUCUGGAACUUUGUAGGCCAGGUUGGCCUUGAAGUCAGAGAGCCCCCUGCCUCUGCCUCCCAAUUGCUGGGAAUCAGAGUCAUGCACCACCACACCCAUCUUUAGAUGUGCUAUAGUUAAGAUGAACUAGGUUCAUUUUUUGGUUUGUUUGGUUAUGGUUUUUGAGACAGGCUCUCACAGUGUAGCUCUAGGUAGCCCAGAACUUGUUAUAUAGACCAAACUGGCCUUGAACUCCUAGAGGUCUGCCUGCCUCUGCCUUCUAAGGACUGAGAGUAAAGGCAUAUACCAUCACGCAGGUAGCUAGCUCAUUGAACUUUUAAGGUCUCUUAUAUAAUUUAGUGUGUUCAUUGAGAGAGCUUUUUAUAGUCCUACUGUUUGCUUGAGCUACACAAACUGCUACUUGAGAGAGCAGUAGAUUGCUGGUCGCCCAUAUGCCUAUGGGCCCAUACAAACUGGAUCUGCAAACAUUUUGAGCUGGGCCAGCUUGAGGACUGAUCUCAUUAAAUGUGCUCUGCCAUGGUUCUGCUUAAUGGUCACAUUGAGUAGCCAAGAUGCAGGCUUUGUGUUCUGCUUUCAGAUCAGCUCUCAGGGCUGUGAGAGGAAUUGCUGGUUUGUGUUGGACUUACACCUGACUGAGAAGGAUAGAAGUUGGGGUGGUGGUUUUUCCUGGUGAGCCUCUUUGUAGGAAUUUAUUUUAAAUCAUUUUCUUGUGAAUGUAUCAUGUCUUUAUUAGCAACAGGAAAAUAUACAUUGUGUUUACUAAAAUUGUUUACUACAUUAAAAUUCCCUUUUAUUUUUUUAGUAGCCCAAGUUCUUGUUUUCAAGCCAGAUUGCUUUCUGAACUGGGGUAUCAUUUUAGGAAGGAGAUUUAAUUAAGCCAGACUUUUGUGUGUAAAAAGAACAAUUUUUUUUUUUUUUUUUUUUUUUUUUUUUUGUUCCUCAGAGAGGGGGAGUAUGGUCCAAAUGAAUCCAUUAGGUCAUUCCUGCAGCAUGUGCUUGUAGCUUCUCUUGAUCAAGGAUGAACUAGUCCUGUGGGCAGGCCCUUCAGUUCCUGCGUAUGUGUAUAGACCUCAGAUGUUACCACAUUUUAUAUCUGCCAGAGCUAUUCAAGCAAUAGUAUUUGAACUACUAGCCUUUUGAAUAAACUCUGCCCUAUUGCUAACAUGCAGAUACUGAGUCCACUGUCAUUCUUGCCAGGUUAAUUUGUGCUGUGUUAGGGGAAAAUGUUGAUCCGUUGUUGUUUGGUUGACAUCCCAGAUUGUUUCAGUGACAGGACACAUUAGUCUUCAUAUUUUUUUUAAAGAUGUGAACUGGAUGUAGUGUCCACAUGAAAUGCCCUACUUUGUCAUUGUGAUUAAGGGGCCAGGCAGCUGGCAGAGGUACUGCUUUGUUCCUUUUUUUUGGUAGGUGGGUGGUGAUUUUUUUAGGCAGAGUCUACAUGUACCCUGGCUGCCCUUGAACUUUUGGUGAUACUCCUGUCUCUGUCUCUCUAGUACUGGAAUUAUAGGUAUACUCCACCAUGUCUGGCUUGUUUUGUUCCUUUCCCAAUAUUUUUCUUCACUUUGAGACAAGGUCUCAAUGUAGUAUAGCCUGGCUAUGGAUGCCCUUGAACUUAGUCCUUCAGCCUCUACUUUCCAGGUGCUACAGUCUCACAUAUGGUAAGUUGGAGAUGCCCAGCCAAAGGGAUGAUCUGUUGGAGGUGGCUUGGCUGCCCUUGCAUUGUAGAUUAAUAUUGGCAUUGCUCUGCCCACCAUGUCAGGCCUGGUGGACUGUUGAAGACCUCUAUUCAAUCCUGAUUCUUCUGUCAAAAAUCUUCACCCUGCAAACUAAGCCUUGAGUAGCUUGUGCUCUGCCCUUAAGAAUUAGAACUCUCAUUCUUUAAAAAAAAAAAAAAAAAAAAAUUUCCCAAAUUUCUGUUUGCAUUUUCAACCUAACUACUUACAGUUGUAUGCUAAAGCCUAAAACCUGUCUGUGCUAAGGUAUGUGAUUAUUGCCAGUUUUGUAUUUAUUACAGUGGUGAAGAAACUAGAAACCCCUGAAAGGGGAGCAUGUCCAGCUCCUGACCAAGUGGUUUGUGUAGGAGCAGCGAGUGGAGGUUUCCUGUGGUCCUCUUCUCCAAAACCACUACAGCAGGCUGACUGAACUUCCCCAAGGGGAGCUUGGGACUGGGCUUUGGCAAAGGCUUCUUGACUAGAACCCAUUCUGUUCAGUGCUUGUUUAAUAUAAAAGUCAACAUUUCACUGCGA